AUGGCUAAAGAUUCUGAGCUAUGGAAUUUCAUAUGUGAUGGACCAUUUGUUCCUACCAAAAACCUUGGUAACCCACUAGUAGCCAUUCCCAAGACAAGGAAAGAACUAAACAAUGCAGAUAGAAAGGCCAUAGAGAAGAACUUUUGUGCUAAGAAAAUUCUGGUGUGUGGUAUUGGACCGGAUGAAUACAAUAGGAUAUUAGCAUGUCACUCAGCCAAAGAAAUCUGGGAAGCCCUGCAGAUAGCUCAUGAAGGAACAACACAGGUCAAGCAAUCCAAAAUCUGCAUGCUCACAACUGAAUACGAGCUCUUCAGGAUGCAAGACGAUGAAUCUAUCCAAGAAAUGCAUACUCGGUUCACCUCCAUCAUUAAUGAGCUUCACUCCCUUGGUGAAACUAUUCCAAGAAACAAGCUGGUUAGAAAGAUCCUAACCGUGCUACCCAAGCCAGGACAUUUUGUCAAGGAUUUUCCUCUCCUAAAGAAGGAUCAGUACAAGAACAACUCUGACAAAGCAGCCAAAAGGAACAUGUUCCUGACAGAUGCUUCAAUAAAAAAUACGCCACUGACAAUAUCAUGA